AUGACAGAACGCAUAUUUAAGCAGUAUCCUAAAAAUGGGCUUGAAGCUCUGGUGUUGUUGAGACUUGUAGAUUUCGCAACUAAGUUGCCGUUACCGACUGUUGACUCAGAAAGCAAAAACGUAAAAAUGGCACUAGAGUACAUGGUCAAACCUGAGUUAAGGAGGUCGAGUGAUAACAGCAUAGAUAUAAAUAAACUGGUGCGCAACAUUAGCAGGUUAAAGCCUAAAUCAAGCAAAAAUGGGAUAUGUGACCAUGACUAUGUUUUAAGGAGCAUUCACAAUAUAAACACAUCCAAGAUGUAUACUAGGUACUGCGCGUCUAAAGGCGUAUUUAACGGCCUGAAGAGGGUCAGAAACAUCGCAAUUUAA